UUGAGUUUCAGUCGUAUAUAAACUCGAGCCAGAGAUUGGUAAACCCGAAGAGAGAACUUAUUGAAGUACAGACGGUUGUACAACAACUUCGUGCGCAAUAAACAAAGUUAAUAUUUAAUCUUUGCAAUGGUUUUUGACACUUCAACCGAAAAGCCAAAAAAACCGAGCCGCUUUGGCGCGCGGCAUUGGCAGGCGAUUCAAAUGUUUCUGGGCAUGAUGAUCAACUACUUCCAGCGCGUCAACAUCUCCGCAGGCAUUGUGCCCAUGACGACGCCAACUGCAGAUGCACCUUACUACAACUGGGAUCUCUCUCAGAAGUCUUUGAUUUUGAGCAGCUUCUUCUGGGGCUACGUUGUCUCACAAGUUCCCGCAGGUUUGUUGGCGAAACGCUUUGGUGCCAAAUAUGUGAUCUGCUUGGCCACAGCGGUAGGUGGCAUCAUGUGCUUCUUCCAUCCCAUGGCAGCGAAUGGUGGUUACAUUAACAUUUGUGUGCUGCGUGUGCUCACGGGUUUGGUGCAGGGCUGUGUUUAUCCCUGUUUCCACACGCUGUUGUCCAAGUGGGUGCCACGCACUGAGCGUGGAUUCCUCACCACAGGGGUCUACUCGGGCGCACAGUUUGGUACAGCCGUUAUUCUGAUCAGCAGUGGUAACAUUUUCGAGUCCAGCAUGGGCUGGCCGGGUUUGUUCUACAUCUCUGGCGGACUGGGCUUGGCCUGGGCGCUGCUCUUUUUCUGGCAGGGCGCCGACGAGCCGGCAACAUCAUCCAGCAUCAGCAAACUCGAGCGCGAUUAUAUUGAAAGUUUGACCGGCAGCAACACAAGCAGCCAGUCGUUGGCCAUACCUUGGAAGGAUAUCUUCACCUCUGGUGCCUUCUAUGGUCUACUUGCCGCCCACUGCGGCUUCACCUGGGGUUUCUACACGCUUCUCACCGAGAUGCCCACCUAUAUGAGCAGCGUACUCAAGCUGGAUGUCAAAUCGAAUGCCGUGCUCUCCUCAUUGCCCUACUUUGCCAUGGGUAUACUGUGCUUUGUGGUUAGUCCCAUCUCCGAUCUGCUCAUCAAUCGUGGCACCAUUUCCGUAACCACAGCUCGAAAGCUUUUCAACUCCAUUGGCCAAUGGGUGCCCAUGGCGUGUCUCAUUGGAUUGGGUUACAUGACUGCGGAUGAGAAGACUGGCGCAAUUGUUUUACUCACUUUGGCUGUGGGCAUUAAUGCCGCCUGCUUCUGUGGCUAUCUGGUUAAUCACAUGGACUUGUCACCCAAUUUCGCGGGUCCAAUGAUGGGCGUUACAAAUGGCUUAGCUGGUGUGACAUCGAUUAUAGCUCCGUUGAUUGUUGGCGUCGUACUUUCCAAUGAAGAGGAUCCCACACAAUGGCGUUUGGUUUUCUUUAUCACCGGUGCCAUUUAUUUGCUGUGCAAUUUACUCUUUGUCAUCUUCGGCAAAGCAACAGUGCAGCCUUGGAAUGAGCCACCCAGCAUGUCCAGCACCAUGACGUUAAGGAGCAACAUUCAGACGGAUUCGAGAACGACUGCUCCAACGCCCGGCAAGGAAAAUCAGUUUUGAAUGGCUUAAUAUUGGAAUUCCUAAUAAUCUCGUUAAGUUAAAAUUAAUGUGGUGUUAAUCGUCUAAGCUUAUUGCUAAGUUUAUUGUUAUAUUAUGCCUUGAUUAUACUAAUAAAUAAAACUACAAGUUCUGUUACCCUAGACCAAA